CGUCAGCCCGGCGCGGCGGGCGGGAGGCCGGGCGGCCGCCGCGCGCCGCGCGUCCCUCACCGCCGCCAGUCGCUGUGCUGGAGUGUCGCCGGGUGAGUCGCGGACUGACCGUGCGCUGGGACGUGACAGCCAUGUCUUCGGCCGGCUAUGGCCGCGGCCACCGGCAGUCAUGCUACCUGUGUGACCUGCCCCGCAUGCCGUGGGCCAUGAUCCACGACUUCAGUGAGCCCGUCUGCCGCGGCUGCGUCAACUACGAGGGAGCCGACCGCAUCGAGAUAGUGUUGGAGAAUGCGCGCAACCAGAAGCGGGCGCACGGCUUCCAGGACGUGCGGCACAGCAAGCCACACGCGGCGGCUCGCGCCCCGCACGAGGCGCAGAACGGCGUGAUGGCCGUGAAUCUGGAGGCGGCCGGCGGCGCGCACCCGCCGUCUGCCGGCGCCGGACCGUACACGCUGCGGCCGGAGCGGGCACGCGGAGCGCUGCUGGUGGCCGACCACCAGCCGGCCGGGCCGCCGCGGCUGCCGCACCCUCCGCUGCCGCCGCACCCGUCCCAGCUGGCGCACGGCCGUCCGGGGCCGCCGCUGCCGCCCAACAAGCGGCCCUCUGAGCGGCCUGCCGAGGAGGCCGACCACAAGCGGCCGCUGCUGGAGGAGGGCGGCGCGCCGCACCACCGGCCGCCGCUGACCCGAGGCGAGUCGCUGCCGGCCGCCGGCUACCCGUACGACCAGCGCUUCAAGGAGAAGCCGCCGGCGCGCGUCUACAGCCUCGACAGCGCCAGCCACAAACAGUCGGUGAUGGUAGCCGCGAACGGCACUCUGGCGGUAUCGGCCGCCGGCGCGGCCAUCGCCGUCUCGCGCGCCUCACCGGCCGGUGGUGCUCGUGCCUCGCCGAUGGCCGCUCUCCAGGACCUGUCUGCCGGCUCCCCGCGCGCCAGUCCCGGCUCGGCGCCACCCCGCUCCGCCUCCAGAGGAUCGCCGCACUCGCCCAGUCCAGGAGGAGGCGCUGGCACAGCGGCGGCAGCGGCGGCGGGACGACGUGUCUCGGGGCCCCGGCCAGGCCCCGCUGAGGGCGGUCCCGCCGAACAGGGCGUGGCCACAUCGACCGUCACCGACCCGGUGCCCAACGCGCUGCUCAAGUGCACCCUGUGCCAGGAGCGGCUGGAGGACACCCACUUCGUGCAGUGCCCCUCCAAGGGCCACCACAAGUUCUGUUUCCCCUGCAGCAGAGAGAGCAUCAAGCGGCAGGGCUCCCAUACUGAGGUGUACUGCCCCAGCGGCGAAAAAUGUCCGCUGCAGGACUCCAACGUGCCGUGGGCGUUCAUGCACAAUGAGAUCACCACCAUACUGGGAGAGGAAGUCACCGUAAAGAAGGAGCGGGACCCGUGAGGACUGGUGGCACCGCCAACAGACGCGCUUCAUUCCUGUUCUCAGUGCGAGGUCCAACUUAGCAACCCUGCAGACAGACGAAGAAGGUGUUCGGAGAGAACUUCAAGCCAGAUGGAUGUUUUGACACGACCUCAAUGGUCGGAUUGACGGGACACUACAUCUACCGAAGGGCAUGUGUCCAGACAUAACCUCCUAGCUGGCCGAAUUUACGGACAAAACCUCAACUGACCGAAUUUUUGGACAGAACCUCAACUGACCGAAUUUCCGGACAGAACCUCAAGUGACCGGGUAAUCGGAUAGGACUGACUUGUCGCCCUGGAAUAAAGUGGCGCCUUUUCGAGCACUGUCGUGGCACCGGUGUGUCUCAUUCCGUUUGAGCUGGACAUCAGGUGGUGUGGUGUUGACCCGUACUUCUACUUGUGUACAGAAAAGAGUUCAAUUGUGAGUUGUGUGUAGACAGACCAGAGAAUAUGUGCUCGUGAAGCAACGCAACUUCUUUUGGCGUUUCAGGUGCAUUAUGUUUUUGAUUGUCCUAGGAGCACUCGUCAUUUUAUUGGUGGCGGAUUCCUAGUCAGUUAAGCUGUACGAUACAUGUUGUCUUGAUGGGAACUCUGUUACUCGCGGUAGGUUGUCUCUCAAGCUCGCCAUUUUGGCGCGCAGUAUUUGUCCGAGCCAUCAGGAUCUCCUAUUAGUGGCUUCAUCGGGAGGCGGCGAGCCUGAUAGGCGGUAGUAGAUUCGCACACCGCGAUAGUACGGUUCGGUCCUUGCAUCGACCGCUGGUGGACCCCCGCUCACUGUCGCGCGUGUUUAAUCUCGCUUCACUUGGACCAGAGAGCUGGCAUCAGCAACAGCCGAUCUCAGCGUCGCUGGUUUCAUUGUUCUUCACUCAUUGUCUCGUGGAGUAGUUCUUCAGGAGACCGAUUGUGGGUACGAUGUAAGCGUGCUAUUGUUUGUCGUAAGAGCAGGCCGGAACAGGCCAUAAAUUUGCACCUCUGAGCGCGACACGAUGCAUCUGGUUGAACACCUUGAACACGCUGAAGGCACCUGCGUGUGCAAUGAUGUUGCUGGUAUGCGGCUAUUCCUGGUGACAGCCAUAGUGGAGGAGCGGGAUAGUUGCACUAAAGCCGCCUACCUACUUGUCUGAUGACGUCCGCAUCUGGUCUAUGGUCCGUGGUACUUGCCGCAAGUAAGCGGCUGUAAGGUUGACCGAAAUGGUGAAGCGAUGUGGUUGAACUAGGAGCCUGACGCUAAAACGGUUAGCAGGCAAACGGCCCUCUGCUAUGUCUCUGAUUAACCAUAACUUAUGUCAACGCAUUAGGUGGCAAGCAUCCCAGUGUUGUUUUUCAUUGUAAGAAAUGGUACUUUUCUCAAA